AUGUUCUAUUUUUGUGACGCGUGCUUGGUCUGCAGGGCUUAUCCCAUAAGGGUUGGAACAAACCCUUAUCCCUUAUCCUUGAUGGAAGACAACCGCAACUUGAGUGUAACGUAUAUGGAAGUGAGCAGCGCAAGAAAGCGAGCGGUGAAUUUCGAUCCCAAAGCAAGACUCAGGGGUUUCAUCCUUCAAGCCAACGGAUGA